AUGGAAAAUCAAACAAGUAACCUAUUCAAAUUCAACAUCUCCCAAUUAAGAUUACCAAAAUCAGCAAAAUUAAGAUCAUUUGGAAUAUAUUUAGCAGGUGGAUUAUUCGCAAUUGGAUUUUGGUCAUUAAUUGAUUCCGCCAUAUAUUCCAAAACAAUAAAUGCUUCUGAUGUACAUGUAACUUUUAUCGAUUGGAUCCCCUUUAUAUGUUCUAGUUUAGGAAUGUUGAUUGUAAAUUCAAUUGAAAAAAACAAUCUUAUGAAUACCAACAACCAAUCGGGAGGAAUGUUUCAAGAUGAAGGAAAUUAUAUAUGGGCCGCUCGUAUAAUUUUAUUUAUGGGUUUUAGCUUAUUGGCUGGUGGAUUGGCUGGAAGUUUUAUGGUUUUUAUUCUAAAAUAUUUAAUGAAACAUUAUACUUUUCCUACUUUGGGAAUGGGGGUUUCUAAUAUUGUUUGUAAUGGUUGUAUUAUGUUGAGUUGUAUUGUCUUGUGGUUAUCUCAAAAUAUUGAAGAUGAAUAUAGUUAUAGUUUAGCUUUGUAA